UGUUUUCUUCAUUGGAAAUUUGGGAAUUUUCGGGAACGAAGGAGUUGAAGCCCCAAUUUUUUGGGGUUGGGGCGAAUGAGUCGGUGGAAUUUUUGGUGAGAUGUUCCUUUAGGGAAUGUCAAGGGCUAAAAAUUAUGUCCUCAUCACUUUUUCAGUUCUUCGCUCCGAUUUCGAGAUCUCGAUUGAGCUGUAAAUGUUAUCGACAUUCGGUCGUUUCAAUCCCUUUUUUCGCCGUCACUUUUUUGCCGAUAUCUCCGAAUUUAUGGAAAAUACGGGAAAAGACCUCAUGACCUUAAUUUUAGGCCUUGAAAUUCCCCGUAAAAAAUAUUCCAACAAAAAUUUGGCUAUCCCCCUUCGAUUCCAAGAUAUUCAGCAAAAACUGGACGCGACGAUUUUACAAAAAUGUCAACUUCUUGAUAUCUAAAAAUCCUCGAAAUUUCUCAUCUCCAAAUUUCCAAAAAUUUCUACAUCGAAUCGUUAUCCAAAAUUUCACCUCCCCCCAAAUGAUAUCACGACAAACAAAACCCGAACGAAUCCUUAUUAAAAACAACGAAUAAAUGACAAAACAACGAUUGACUAUCGAGUCAGCCGGCCCCCUCACCCCUUCUGUCCUCCCCUCUCAAUUAUACAAAAAAUCUAAUUAAUAUUCCGUCGUAACAAAGAGUAUGGCCCACUGUCUCUCAUUGUCCCCGGGGUCUGUCUCAAGGGUAUCGCUAAUUUUUUAAGGUGCUCCAGCAUUUUUUCUUCCUCAAUUGAAUGCCACCUCGACAAGUCGCAUUACUCAGCCCAUUGUCUCAGGCUGAGGUCCACUAUCCCCUUCCCCCCUUUAAAACUGAUAAGCCUGCGGAAUUGAAACCGCAAUGAGGAGAAAAAAUAUAUAUAUUAUCCCAUUCCAUGCGUAUUUUCACGCGCCCACGCGGCGGAAAUCGAUUGGCGCGCUUUUUAACGGCCGGAAAAGCCGUCGAGUCGUGCCUCGAUUAACUUAUCUCCCGUCGGUUCCACUCAUCAUCGAUCUAAAGACUGUCAUGAAUGGAAGCCCCAAAUUCGGUAGUUAUAAAUUAAAAUCCCUAAUUGACAGUUUAUCAUUGAAUUUAUUUAUUUUAGAGGCGAUAUCAGCCCACCCCGGAAUUAUGAUCGCGUCGGUAGAAGACGACGAGGGAAAUAAAUAUUUUUUUGUUGUAGAAGUCUAGUCGAUAGAUUGUAAAAUUUAUUGUUGUUAUCUCGAUCGAGAAAUAAACGCUUUAUUUUGACGUGCGUCGAAGGUCACAUUAAAAAAUUGUCAGUGCAGUCCCGGAAGUUGGAAGUUGAGGCAUUUGGAUUCUGGAAGGUACGAUGUGGAGAUCUUAGAAUCACUCAAUUUUUCGAAGUGCCUUCAAACGUUUUUUUGCGAUUGUUAAAAUGUUGGAUAAAUUAUUCGUAAGGUGUGAAUUAAAUAUCCGGAAAAAUUAGCGAGUAAUUAAAUCAGGGAGUGAUUGGAAUUAAUGAAUCAUUUUUAAUUGAAAAAAUUGAAUUUUCUAAUCAGAUAUGAUUUUAUUGAAUAUUCAUUUGAACCUUCAAACAACAACUUAUCGGUCCAUUUUGCCCUAUUUUUCUCUCCCCCUCCGGUAUUCGCAAUUAAUUUAGAAUUAAUUAAUGCGAACAUUUUUCUCUUGACAUGAACUCACUCAUUUUAAAAAAAAAAUUAUUUGUUAAAUUAUUACGUAUUUGCGAUUUUCAAUUUUAACAUAAUUUAUUAUUAAUAUAAUAAUAAUAAUAAAUCAAUGGACAACUGUGUAAUAAUAUGAUAAUAUUAAUUAAAUUAAUAAUAGAAUUUUGGUUUAUUUCUGACGAAAUCAGUCACAAAUCCGCAAAUUUUUAUUCGUCAAAAAGAAAAAUCAAAUUGAAAAAAUACUUUAUUGACUUCCGAUCGCGUCAGUGGCCGGAGUUCCCACCAAGAACGUGAUUAGAGGUACAAGGAGGCUCAGGAACUCCGAAUAAAUCAUUACCAUUACAAACAGCCGGUCGGUAUGUUUUAUCCGUGAAAUGGAGCCAUCGUCGAGGGAUGCGCAACGGGCAGUCUUUUUUUUUAAUUCGUACAGUCGUAAAUAACAGUGUCACCUGGAGUGUACAAUGAUGAGCAAAGGUGCUCACCAGGAGUACCGGGCACGUGGGUUGUCGGACGCCUUCAGCCUCGAUAUCCCCUGCCAAAUAAGAAACACUAAUUGUUGAUGGACAAGGGUUAGGUUGCCUAAUAUUGACGCUGAUUGUAGUGUCAGUACAGGCUGCACCAACAAUGACACUCGAGAAGAGACGACUGAAUUCACCGGAAAAGUGGAUAAAUCCUUGUGGCGAAGGGCUAACAACGGAGGAGAGUGACGGUGAGCCGGAGUAUGGUCCCCUCACUGACGCCGAAUUGCUGAACAUGGUGGCAGUUCAAGCGAGAACUGCUCUUAAUCAGGCUGAAGGCUUCCGGGACAAUUACAUCAAACAGACGUUCAACACCGACUUUGUCGUUCUGCAUUCGGAGUGGAAGGACAACCACUAUGAUUGGCUGCCUGGGCCCGAUAAGAUACCGAAACAGCUCGGCGAAUCACUAUCACCAGAUUACCUGAGCCAAUUGAGAUCAGAAAUGCUUGACGAUAUUCUCCUCGAUAUCUACGAGUACAUGCAGACAUAUGCAGUUGGCCUAGAACAAGUUGUCUGGGACCAAGAGGAUCAUCGACUGGAGUUCGUCCAGAAAUUCAAGGACACUGAGUCAAGCCUCCAAACGUCGAUGAAGCGGAAAAAUGUAACACAGGCUUAUGGAGAUGGUGGGAUUUAUGCUGAUGUCGUUUGGCCAUCGCUGUUGCAGGUGCUCUGUGAGCUGCAGGCUGCCCUGAUUGAGCGCGGUGUUACACCAAGAAAUAACGUCAGUCGUAAAGCAAUGUCCAAUGAUUAUCGUGGUGCAAUGUCAUCACAAGCAACAUUCAGAAAUUUACGUGACUGGUUGAUAUUUCGUGACUACAUGAAUGCAUUGGAAUACGUUAUUGAGGUGUUUGGACAUAUGAGUAAUGCUGUUAAAUCCUGAGGACGGCAUGGUGGAGGCCGGCGAAGGGGGACCAGACGACGACUCGCUUACUUAAGAAAAUUGUCACUAAAAAGUGUUAAACGUCUGGAGGCUCUACUAUCUUAAUGAGUAAAUUAAUUAUGUUGAUAGCUUUUCACUGAUUUUUCACGACGGACGAUUGGUAUUGGGUGGGUAGGAUUGUGGACCAUUGGAUUUCGUCAUUAUAUUCGAAACAAUAUGGCGGUAUCCUUCAUUUCUGGUGCACAACAAAAUGGCGCCUGGGGGAUUUUGAGGUUAGGUAGGACAAAGGAGAUGGAAAUAUUCAUUUUUUGGUGAAAAAUUUACGCUUGAGUUAUUUGAUGGGAAAAAUAAUGAUUUAGGACACCUUAAUUUCGAUUUUAAGAUAUGUGUGCGGUUAAAUACAGGUCUUAAACGCGGUGUCUUAACGCCUGAUUUUUUUUACCAAUGAGAUUUUUAUUAAGACAUCUUUAGAGACUAUUUUUCAGGGGAUUUUGCGGGGCUUAUAGCAUGAUCUAAUUUAAGACAUGACCUGAUUUAAGUUAUCGCCGCUUUAAGACAAGUCAUCUCCACUUUUAAGACAUUGACUCAAUAUCAUAAGUGUCUUAAAGGCAUUGUCACAAAGCUUGAUACAUUUUUUCACGUCACGUCGAGAAUUAGGACAUUUUAAGACAGUGUUUUCUAGUGAAGGGAAAGUCGUGUUUCGGUGAGAAAAUUUGUUAUGAGGAUAUAAAUUUUUCUGAUACCCGAAAAAUAUCGGUUAGAGAUCGGCUUAAGUUAAGACACGAUUGAUUUAAGACAUCUGGCCCUUCACUUUUGGAACAUUUGGCCAACGAAACGAGUGUCUUAUACGCGUUGCCUCGCACCUGGACGCGUAUUUUUCGUAUUCUCAUGUCUUAAUUAAGACGUUUGAUGAAAGUCAUCAUUUCCACUCGCUUUUAAUGCCUCAAAAUUCUCUGUUGGGGGCCCAAGAUGGCCCUGGAUAUGAAGAAAUCUCGCGUAUUUCAUCUCCACCUUAUAUAGUCAUGAAAAUUCUUUGUCUCUAACCUGUCCAUCCGAAGGCCAAUACCAUCGAGUGCGUCAAACGUGCAAUCAGUCUUCUUCGAAGUGCAAAUGUAACUGUACAUAUUAUAUGUAUAACACGAUAGAAUCCGUAUGAUUUAGUAGGGAAAGAAGAGAAUAUUUAGUGAGUCGUUAGAAUUUUCGUCCGCCGUUCCCUCCUCCCCACGAUUUUCCGCUUAUCCUCAAUUAUUUUCUCUAGUUAAUUAGCAAAUGCAUUUGAAAAAUCGUCGCAUUACAUUUUAACCCAAAAAAUAUCACGUCUUAACAUCCAGUACACUUAUCAAUGCCUACCAUUUCGUCGUGCGAAGGGAAAUUUUAAACAAAAUGAUGGAGUUUGGACGAAAUGGGAUAAUUGAAAAAUGUAUAUCAUCUGAGAUUUCGAAAAUUUUAAAUUGAAAACAGUCGUGUGAGAUAAAUUUCAAUAAUUUCGACAAAUUCAAGCACAAUUUUAGCUCCGUGUGGUGAACCUAUUUAUCAUAAUUAACAAUUUUUUUAGUCCUGAAGUGCAAGAAUUUAACAUUUUAAUAACACAUUUGACUGAUUUUUUCAUUUAAUUUAUUUUGAAAAUCUCAUGUUUUAAGCAGGUUACAAAAUUUUGUAUUAAUUUACAGUUAAAUAAUAAUAAUGCGGUUUUGUAUAUUAUUUAUUGAAACUGAGGGAGAGAAUGAAAUGAUGAUUUUAGAAGGAACAAAGCGAGAGAGAAAGAGAGAGUGAAAGAAGGGCAUUAACAAGGCGUAUUUGACCGGGUAUGCGAGUGCCUGGCUAUGGAGUUGAGUUUAUUCGCGCGGUAAGAAAAAAACUGUUAAAAAAAAAUUGCCAGCCAACCUACACACACUCUCACAUAGAUAUAUACAAAACACGUAUACAGUAUUUUGCGCUUUCUUUACUUUAGAGACAGAAUAUGUGAAAUUAACGCGUGCAAAAUAUUAAGCCCUCGUAAUUCUCAAGGAAUCUCUCGUAUACACAACUUAAUUAUAAUUAAUAUUUAUUAAUUAACGGUAGUAUUGUACUUGUAUUUAUUCAGAUUAUUUAUUUUAUUUUUGUAAAGGCUUUACACUCCGUAUUCCCAAUCCGAUUUCUUCAAUUUGUUGAAGAUUGAAUUUUCACAAGGAAAAUUGGGAUUAAUAGGCUGAAAGUGCCAGUGGCUUAAGCUUUAAGACAUUAUGUCGUUUGCAUCUGGACUCUUAGAAGAGGUUCUUCAGAUAUAUUCGAGUUUGAGACCUUGUUCCAGGUCUUACGUCUUAAAUUAAGACCCGUUACGACAUCGAUUUUUGCAGUUUUGGGUUUUAAGACACUCAGAAGCAUUUCCAAUCAUAAGACAUGCAACUUCUGGAACGUAUUCUCGUGAUUUAAGACGGUAUCGAGACUUUUCACUUCGUUGUUUAAUUUAAGACUCUAAUUUUUUCAGUGAACCCUCCCCUCACGAAUUCGUAUCUGUAAAUUCAAUUUGUCAGGAAAUGGGGGAUUAAUUCACUGGAAGUAUUAGCGCCUUGGAUUGAAACGGUCUUAAUCCAUUUAAACACGAAGAUUAAAAGUCGUAUUGAUAUUUCAAAAAGAAAAGUUGUCUCGCCAGUCAUAAAUUGUCUUAAACCGUGAGACUAUAAAUCUCGCGGUUUAAUUAUUUGGGGUGAAAUCUACAACUGUUUCUUAAUUUCACGCGAUUAUUCCUCUCCAUGCGUCUUAAAUUGAGAGCUUUCAACGGCUUAAAUUAAAAGGUUCGUAAAGGUUUGAAUUUUAAGGCAUUCACUGGCAUUUCGAGUCAACUUUUAAUUGGAGAACAUUUAAAGAUCUGAUCGCGGUUCAAGCCACGGUUAAGACAGCCUCUGUCCAUAAUGUCUUAAUUUAAGACACUAGCACUUUCGACUAAAUACCCACCCCCUCAUUAAUUCCCUUAGUCGCGCUGCUGCUGUCAUCCAUCAUAAAUUAUUUAUAAAAUUCACGCAUUCAUUUCAUCCUAGACAAACGACAUUAUCAACUUAACUUCAUCAUAGCAAACUACAUUAACAAAUGUUUAUCAAUAAACUAUUAUUCUCAUCAUAUCCCCACGAGCUUAUGUUCAUUCGAUAAUUCUCAAAGCACCGGUUCGCCCAUCAACUCAUUAAACACGAAAAAUUGAUCUGAGAUGUAAAUUUCAAAUGCACCUCAAAUUCAAUUAUCUCGUGUCUGUGAUAAGCAUCGCAAACGUAUUAUAUUCCAUUGUCAAUUAAUAUCGUUAAUAUUUAAUUUAUUGUAACACCAGUAUUCAAUAUCCGAUCAAUCGAUCCUUAACUCGUAUUGAUUAUUUUUUAAUUUUAUAAUUUAUGAAGUAAUUUUAUCACCGCAAUAAGCAGCAGCGUUGACAUGCCUGAUUACAAUUAAUUAUCAAAUAACUCGAGAUUGCAAUUACAACGAAUAAAAUGGUGUUUCAAAAAUUACAAGACCGCAGUGAUGUCUGUCAGCAUAUGUCAGUUUAUGUAUCAUCUUUCUUCAUUAAAAAAUACAGGAGAAAAUUAUACAUUUGAAAACAACAUUGUCACUGGUUUUAAAUACAAUAAUCAACGAUUAGUCAGUUCGAACCCCAACAGAGUCACCCUCACACUACCCCACGCAAAAUAAAAUGUGACUGAAUAAACAAAUUAUGUGAAGCAAAUGAAGGACAAAAAAAUUUUUCAUUUUAAUUGUCAAUCGCUUAAAUCGUAUAUAUUGUAUAUAAAGAGAUUCCGAUAUAUAAACUUACGGAAAGAAACUAUAAAAAAAUGAAACUAUCAAAUUACUAUUAUAUACUAUUAUAUAUGUGCAUAUGUAAUAUGUAUAAGGGCCCCUCCUCUCUGAAUGCCCACUCUGUUGUAUCAUAUUAAACCAAAGACCGUUCAACAUCAACAAAAA